AUGUGGCACGGGCACCCUCCCCCGCCGGGGGCGACAUACCCGUUCCUCAAACCUGCCGCAAACAAGGUCAAGCGCACAGACAAAUCCGAGCCGAAAGCCCAACAGUGCUUCUACCUCGGCCCGGGAAUCAACAUCAACCGUGAUUGCGUGCGCAUCCUGAACGAAAAACGCCAAGCGAUCACAACUCGCAACUUCACCUGGCAACCCGUGCCCGCCGCGCCCACCGCCGUGUCCCAGUCGCUGCCUCCUAUCACAGAGGAGGACGAGGAGUUCACGACUGAGGAGGACGAGGUCGGGGGGGGCGCGUCGAGGCAAGGUGAAGGGAGGGCGGAGGGAGAACCUGGGGAUGGAGGACCAGGUUUCAACAUUGGCACGACGGCAGCCCCGGGGCCCGCGGGGCCGCCCGCGCGCGUAGCGCCGGCGGCACCGCCGGCCGCGCCCCAGGAGUCUGGCGCGGGCGACGCUGGCGAUAGCGCCCCCUGGAGAAGGGAGGGCGCGAGCGUCGCCCCAUCUACCACGUCGGAGGGCAUGGCCGAUGUGGGCGGCGGAGAGGACGAUCGCCGCAGCAGCAGCAGCCGCGGUAGCGGCGGCAGCGGCAGCGGCAGCUGCAGCGGCAGCGGCAGUGACAGCGACGGCGAGACGGAUCUCCCGGCGCUCCGCAGGCCAGAGGCCCGGCGGCUCGCCCACUUGGACAAGCCGGCGGAACUCACUAGCUGCGGCACCAGGAAGAACCCUCGCCGAAACCCGAGCAUGAUGUGGGUGUUGACGUUCUCGCGUCCGAACGUCUCGUUCGCCGUGCGUACGGUAGCGCGUCCCGCCCACGCCCCGGCGAAGAGGCACUGGGACGCCAUCCAGAAGAUCCUCGGCAACUUGAAAAAGACGAGAGACCUCGGCAUCAUCUACCAACGGGGAUCGGGGUUAAGGCUUGCCGUGUACGUAAACGCUAGCUACGCCGACACGGAGGAUAAGCGUUCGGUGUCAGGGUUGGCGACGACGGUUGGAGGUACCGUAGUCAGCCAUGGUAGCAAGACACAGAGCAUCGUGUCUUUGUCUUCGAUGGAAGCCGAAUACAUUGCUGCCGGGAGGGCGUCAAGGAGGCAUUGUUUGUGCGUGCUGUGCUUUUGUUUGUUGCCCCGGAGACCAGUGGUAACAGCAUCCAGGGCCCGUCUGCCGGACCACCGGCGCAAGUUGAUGAAUUUGCCGGAGUAGCUGUAGCAGCUUUUAGCACUUGGGAGAGGUCAUGUUUUCCAUUCGGGGAAAGGCGCAUAACUGUUGCGGUGUACCAAUGGCAGGAGUAGGGGGCGUUGGGAGACCAUCGUCCGGGGGAACGUAGUUCCUCGCGUUCUUGUCUUCGCCUUGGCCUUUCUAAUAAGUGCGGCCGUUGUGAUCCGCUGUGAUAGCGACGUUUUUUUUGGUGGUGGCUUUUUUUCGAGGAGUUUUGCCCGGACGCCGGGUUUCCCUUCCAUGUAAUACCAUAUUGGUAUUUUUUUAUCUAUCCAGGGGCGUUCUUGCCCCAUUGAUGGUUAGUCACUUGCGUGAAGAACCAGGGAGGGUGUUCGUGGGUCUGCGAACAUUGGUGUUGGAUACAUGUGCUGUAUGAUUUGGUGUCACGGAGAUUGGUAAGAUUGACGUUUGGCAGGGGGCACCGCGAUGAUUCACGGAGCCCCUCCUUGGGGUGGGAGCUGCCAUGUGGAGCACUCCCUCCUUCGUCCGUGUGACGGACGGUCGUCUACCUCUCGUGAAGUUGAUACAUCACCAAAACAUCUCACCCGAUCAAUAAGUGGCAUAGGCCGCAAACAAUUACAGUUUCUUAUGGGGAAGCGUAUUGAACCUGCCUUGGUUGGUUCCCUUGGUGCCGUAUUCAUUGAUCGAUUUCAUGUUCAUGCAGAGGCAAAAUGGAAAGGGGCCUGGCUGUCCAUGUUUCUUAGAUGCUUCCAGACCACAUGUCAUACUCUGUGGAACUACAUAGCUGGUGACCGAAGUAGCCAUCCCUACGGACUGUGUCGUUGAGCGAGCGUUAUUCAUCCAACUGGAGUCGACAAGUCAGAAUCGACGCCGCAGAAAGAAACCGCCGACAACGACGAAGGCAACAAACUACCACAACCAUUGCCAAUAAUAAGCAACAACAACAGCAAUAGGUCUAGUCUAUGCAAGCAACAGCAAGAUAUCAACAACAACAGUACUGAAAGUUGUAGCAGCAACAGCAACAUAGAUGCUUCCAGACCACAUGUCAUACUCUGUGGAACUACAUAGCUGGUGACCGAAGUAGCCAUCCCUACGGACUGUG